AUGGCUGAGCUCCCCAAAGACUUUUUUGGGCUUUUGCCGCACGUUAUCAGAGUAACUCUGGACACCAACCUGAUGUGCUGCCACCUUGAUCUUUUCAGGCAGGAUGCCGAUUGCGAAUUUGCCUUCAAUGAUAACUUCGCAAGCUGUCACUCCAUGUUCCGCAACCUUGCUCCAAGGAGAAGUCUUUGGGUUGUCGGCCUUCUUUCGUUGUUUGGGUCUGUGUUUGUAGUUGGGUGGCAGUAUUUCUUCCCUGAUAACAAUAUGAUCCAGUCCACUAUGUUGGUAAAUCUGGGUAUUUCAGACGGCAUCAUGGGUAUUUACCUCAUCAUUAUAGGUAUAAAAGACCUGCAAUGGUCAGGGGAAUACUACCUGCACGACUAUGAGUGGCGCACCGGUUGGUUUUGCCAUUUCAAUGGCGCCAUGUCUGUCCUUUCAAGCGAGGUGUCUGUUAUGAUGAUUUCUCUGAUUGCAUGGGACAGGCUCAAGAACAUUGUGUUUCCUUACACGUUUGCGAAAAUUACACCAAGGCAGACCCGUAUUAUGUGUGUAGUUAUCUGGCUUGUGGGAGGCACCAUGGCAUUCCUUCCGUUGUCUGGAAUGCGAUAUUUUGGUGACUGGUAUUAUGGCAAGAACGUGGUGUGCCUGCCCCUGCAACUUUCCCCGCAAUUACAAGAAGGCUGGGAAUUCUCCACUUCCAUCUUUAUCGUUUUAAAUUUUUCUCUUUUCCUAUUUAUUACGGUUGCUUAUGUUGCCAUCUUGUUGAAAUCAUGGUCGUCAAGCAGACGGCUGGGUGCGCAUGGAACUGUUCGUGAAAUACGAGCAAGAGCACAAAGCGCACAGGCCAAAAGAGAAAGAGCACUUGCCAAAAGAGUCUUCUUCAUUAUUCUGACCGAUUUCUUGUGUUGGAUACCAAUCAUUGCUAUCGGCAUCAAGUCGCACGUCGAGAAAACGUUUGAUCCACCUGGUGAUCUGGCUGUGUGGAUUGCAGUGUUCGCCUUGCCGAUCAAUUCAGCUAUCAACCCACUGCUGUAUACCCUUUCUACUCCACAG